AUGGCAUCGCCCACUCCCCAGACGAGUCGGUCGUCGUCUGCUGGUUCGAGUGAUUCCGCAGCUGGCAGUCCUUCUUUCAGGAUGAAGCGCGUGGCAUCCAACAGUCAAAUUUUGGCCAUGAUGCCUUCCGGGAAAUCCUGUUGUGUGGAAAACAGCAAGAGCAGUCAUCGUUCCUCGGCUGGCGAUGCUGCUGUCAACAACACUACUACUGGCAAUAGUAAUGCCCGUGGUGGUACUAUGAUGCACGAGACAUCCAAUGUCCUCUUGCAGUACACACUCCAAGAUUUGGAUCGUCGUGCCGAAUGCAACUUUUGGUUGGGUCUCAUUUGUUUGGGGGUUUGUGCCGUCAAUGUGGUCUUGGUCUAUUUGAACUACGUCCUCAAGCACGCCCAUCCACCUCCUCAAGUCUCGCAUAGAACCUUUCAUUUGCUCGAAUUCUGGACCUCGUGCAUCUACGCCAUUGCCGAAACAUUUGCCUUGGUCAUGUCGCCCAAAACCAUGUUGCACAUUUACAAAAAACCAAAUCUACUCAAGUUACUCCUAUUCUUCAAUGUCGUCAACAGUAUGGUGCCGGCAUUAUUAAUGACACUGGACUUUGAGUACUUUGAAAAACUGUGUCAUGAACUGGAGUUCAUCAACUCCUUUACACUCUCCUUCAUCACCAUGAUUCUACUGGCAUCCCUGCUUCAUCUCGAAGAACAACCACCCAAUGGCGUCGUGGCGGCCGUUCAGAACAACACCAGCGAUACACAAUCCGAUACAUCGUCCAUUGUCAUGGUCCUCAUUGCCUGUUUGGUCGCUGCCUGUAACUUUAUUGUUUACAAUGCCCACUAUACGGCCGCCGCGCAUUACCUUGAAUUUGGAUUCCAAAUUUUUGUUUCCCUCAUCACCUUUUGGUUUUGUAUGGACAAUCGAUUCGUGGCGCAAAUGGAAAUUGGACAAAUUCUGUAUGGGCGACACGAACAUUGCAUCUUUUGUCAAAUCAAAGAACAGGAACUCGAUAAUGCGAAUGCCAUGAUGAUGAAUUCUACCAGUAGUUUCAGAUUUGGAGGAAACAACAACAACAACAACAACAACCAUGAUGAUGAUGACAACGAUGAAGAAAUGCAAUGGACCGAACAAACACCGCUCAUGCGCAACAAUAGAAGGGCUUCUAGUCGACUUUGA